AUGGGGAAGGCAAUAGAGCUGACGCCGCCAACACUGGUCGUGGUGGAGGAGCAGCCAACUCCAGUCGAAGAUCCACCGGGUCCAAGAACGCUGAUCUCAUUGGAGCAGUUGGAGCAGGUUCAUGCUGCUGCGUCGGCGGCGGAGCGUGCAGAGCGAUUGACAAGCGCAUUGGGAGUGCAGCACUACCCUGUGAAUCCACGUACCUGCGUGUGGGUGGACUUCUGCUUCGGCGUGCUCAACUUCGCUCGGGACGAAGCGCAUCUGCCUCCCGAAAAGGCUCUCGCGCUGCUCACGCUUGCACACGAGGUGUACACCUUCGCAACAGAUCCUUUCUCAAUUAAUGGAGACUCAUCAGUGAGUAAGAUCUCUGAGCCGGUGCCACAGAACGCGGAGUCUCACGAGGAUGCAGAGACCGCCCCGGUAACUACAAUUCCGACACCGGAGAUUCGUGUUGAUCCGGACGCGUAUCCGUCGGUGGAAGCUGUCUACGAGCAGUUCCACGAGAAGAUACGGCAAGCCAGCGGCGUGGUGUCUGAGAAUGACAAAGCUCAAGACACAGAGACGCCUUCACUCCCAACGCCAUUCUCGCCGAUGGAAGUGGCGCGGAUCGUGACGUUCUUCACGUCAACAUUCUUCCGCCACUUACGCGCGUACCAGUAUGUAAGCCGUGUCCAGCGAUCGAGUAUUGUACGUGAGUGUCCGCUGCCAAUCGAGACUCCACUUCCUCCACCUUCUCUAGCCGACGCCACUCUGCAAAAAGAAUGA